AUGUCGCUGAAUCACCACCACACCUGGCUUCCUCCAGGACAUCUCAGGCCGCCCGACGAUUUAUUUGACACGCAUUCCUCCGUCAAUGGUCUCUCCAGAACCCCUUCCCGCCCGCGUACGCCUCAGCUGCGGUCCCGUGCCACCUUGGAGUCCAUGCCGAGCGGCAUGUCGAUAUCAGAAAUUGACCCUGCGCCCGAAGAAGACCCUCGCAUAGUCGCAUUUAGAAACAGCUACCAGGAAAGCGAGGCCAAAAUAAAUUAUCUUUUUAGCGGCAAACCGAAGAUAUCAGACUCCAGUUUGCCGAGCGCGGAGUCUCGUGAUACCAACGCAGCGGAGGCGGGAUCUGAAUCCGCGCAACCAGCACCCCAAAUUGCGCCUCGGAAGCCGGCGAGGAAUUUGGACGAAGAUGAUUAUGAUGAAUAUGAUGAUGAGGGUGGUAGUGACUCUGGCGGCCAAGGGCCGUCACCCCCAAAAUCCAAAAGCGCGCCCACCCCCCCUGAACCAAAGCACGCGACUCAAUCACCACCAAGGCUAUCCUCACAGCCUGGUUCUGCCCCGGAAAACCCCAAAGACACGAAAAAGGAGUCAGCGGAGGAUAUCCGAAAACGAUUGGAACAAGACAAAAAGGCCACCGAGGAGGCUGCCCGUCAGAGCUUCCAUACCAUAUUCUACACCCUAGAGAAUGACCGUGAUGCGAUGCUAGACCAGCAACGCCUGGAGGAGUCUGAAAGACAAGUUGAGGCUGAGAUGUCCAGCCAAAAUAAUGCCAAUAACGAUUCCACUGCUGCUCAAGGCCCUGGACAUGGAACGCUCAGCAGCGCUAAUCUCGGCGCAUCGAGUCUAACGCUGAAGAACCUUAUUGCGCGAAUUGACAUGAAACGCCAUGAAGUACAAGCUUCUGAUGCUGAACUGAGAAGCUUGAUGAGUGAGGUUCGGAAGAACAGAAGUAAAUGGGCCAGCGAAGAGAAGAUCGGACAAGAAGAACUCUAUGAAGCCCUGGAGAAAGUUCUGAGUGAACUCAAAGCUCAAACAGAGCAUUCCAGUGCAUUUUUGACAAAGGUCAAUCGACGAGAUGCACCGGAUUAUGUUAACAUUAUCAAACGACCUAUGGAUUUGGGAACCAUGACUAAGAAGCUGAAGGCCAUCCAAUACAAAUCGAAACAAGAGUUUGUUGAUGAUCUUAAUCUCAUCUGGGCAAACUGCUUGAAAUACAAUGCCAAUCCUGAACAUUUCCUGCGCAAGCAUGCCCUCUACAUGAGGAAGGAAACGGAAAAGCUUGUGCCACUCAUUCCAGAUAUCGUUAUUAGAGACCGGGCAGAGGUUGAGGCAGAGGAACGAAGGCUUCAACUUGCUGACCUUGAUGGUGCGGAAGAGAGUGACGAUGAACCCAUCAUGUCCUCCCGAGGGCGGAAGGCUCCGGGGAAGAAAUCGAAGAAGGGCACAUCAACCACACGGACUGCGCCUGAAACUAAGUCAGAGACUACAUCAGUAACUGAUUCUCGACCUCAAGCUCAGGAACCCCCAAUUGCUCGACAGGACUCUUUCUUAGAAGGGAGCCAAAACGAUUCCUCAACACCACCCCCAGGUACUCUUACACCUUUGACCCUAAAUAAUAGCGGCCUUCACGCAACCCAGGGUGAUAGCAUGGACAUAGAUUGCAUUGGACCACCUCCUGCAGGCCAAUGUGCUGCUCUGUUAGGCCUAGGUUCCGAGUUUGAAGAUCCCGAGUUCAAGGUCUGGAAAUUAGUGACAAAGAAGGAUCGUGCUCUUGUCGCUGCUGAAAGACAUAGACUCUUUAAAGGGGAUAAAAUCAAUCCAGAGGAGCAAGCCCUUCUCAGAACAAAGCCUGGUAUGAGAAGAUGGAUUCGAAAUCGCAGAGCCACACCAGGUGAAACAGAUAAGCCUGAGGCUGCUCCCUCACAAGAGAAAGCCGAGCCUAGUGGAGAGACUCUUGCUGAAGGGAUUGAAGAAGAAGAAGAUAAAAUGCUUCCCGAUUAUUAUGAUGUGAUGUCGGCUAUUCCUGAUCUUCCUGAGCACCUCCACUGGACCGAAGAUGCUGAAGGGAAUGUCGUAGAGCACUCGGAAGAGUUCCUUCGAGUCCUUCCUAGUGGUUUAUUUACUGCUCCUGUGAGCAAAUUUUCGAAAAAGUUGGAUGCGAACGUGAGGCAAAUGCAAGAGACUAGAAAAGCUUGCUCAAAAAUCAGUAUUGUUAAGCAAAUGCAACAACAAUCUCAGAUGUACCAAAACCAAUUCCAAAAGUACCAACCUGAACGGCUCGUUGAACAAGAUAUCGCACCUCAUGUCAUGAAUGGCGAGGGUCCGGUAAUCAACCCUUGGGUCUGCAGAGCUGCACUUCAGCGAUCUAUUGGCAAGAUUCUCUAUCACACUGGUUUUGAAGAGUACCAACCCUCCGCUUUGGACGUUAUUACGGACGUUGCAUCGGACUUCUUCACCAAGAUCGGACAAACCCUUAAAUCUUAUAUGGAAGCUCCGAAAGUCCCUGUAUCGGACAACUCGUCAGAUCCGACUGGAACAUCAGAAUGGAAGCUGCCAUAUACCUCCGAGGAGAUGAUUUUGCAUACAUUGCAGGCAGUUGGCACAGACGUGGACACAUUAGAGACCUAUGUAAAGGACGAUAUAGACCGCCAUGGCGCUAAACUUGCUGUUAUCCACGAAAGAUUAAAGAACCAUCUUACGGAAUUAUUGCGCCCUGCAUUCGCUGACACUAGCGGUGACGGGUCUGGAGCUUUCAACGAUGGAAGCGAACAAUUUGUUGGGGGUGACUUUGCUGAUGACAUCGACGAAGAUUUCUUUGGAUUCAAGGAGCUUGGCUUGGACAAGGAAUUUGGUCUUGCAAGCCUUAGCGUUCCUCUACAUCUCCUUCAGAACAGGAUGUUCAACGCUCAUCAGGCUCAGAAUGCAAACUCUGCUCAAUCCGCAUCUGACUUAUUCCCUACCCCACCGCAAUACCCUAAAAUUACUCUGGAGUCCAUCCCAUCGCAAAUUGGUCUUGCGCGGAAUUUCUUCUUGGCUAAACUCCAUGCUAAUAAAGAUGAGCCCUUGGUUGAAGACUAUGAGCUACCACCCAAACAACGACCGAUGGCAGGACGGCCUCGUGUUCCCGCAUCUGGAAAGAUUCCACCACAGCCCUCAUUAGGUAUCGGAUCCAGCCCUCAGAAGCGCCCGGCACCCCCUUCUACCUCUAUCACCACCAAAGGCAUGGUUCUCGAGCCCAGCAAGAAGAAGAUUAAGAAGAGCACCGGCGCUCCAACUGGAACGUUUGGGCCUGAGGGAGCGACUGAAGAUUCAGCCCUGACUACCACUCCUAACAGCAAAGGGGUCGGGGUCGUGAAACCAAAACCAACGGAUGGAUCGAACGGCCAUGUUGGCAUGAAUGGGAGUGCUAAUGAGACCAAUGGCGUUGCCUCUGAGCCAAUAGGGAGCCAGCCCUUGAAAGGAAGUGCGUGA